AUGCCUCUCCCAUUCGGCGUCUACCGGGCUGACCACGUCGGCUCUCUACUGCGUGCAGCACCUGUCCUACAAGGCCGCAGUGACGUCGCCGCCAACAAGAUCAGUCCCUCGGAUCUCCGUGCCAUCGAGGACAAGCACAUCGCCGACAUCGUCACCAAGGAAAUCGACUCAGGCCUCCGCUCCAUAACCGACGGCGAGUUCCGUCGGGCCUUCUUCCAUCUAGACUUCCUACAGCAUCUCGACGGCGUGGAGAUCCGAGGCGGCCUGCAAUCCACCAGCACCAGCAAAGAGGGUUUUAUCCCACCCCGACUGGUCGUGACGGGAAAGCUAGGCCACCCCAAACCCAUCCAAGUCGACGACUUCCACUUCCUGGAGCAGCAAAUCGCGAAAAACGGCGCCACCGGCAAGGUGACGACCAAAGUCUGCAUCCCCAGCCCGACCAUGGUCCACUUCCGCGGCGGCCGCGACACCAUCGACGCGACCGCCUACCCGGACCUCGACCCCUUCUUCGCCGACCUCGCCCGCGUCUACCAAGAAGAACUCGCCGACCUCUACGCCGCCGGCUGCCGGACCGUGCAGCUCGACGACACCAACCUCGCCUACCUCUGCGAUCCGGGCAUGCGUUCCGAAGCCGAAUCCCGCCACGGCGACGCCAACGCCCUCGCGCGCCGCUACGCCCACCUCAUCAACAAGAGCAUCGAGAAGCGGCCCGGGGACAUGACCGUCGGCAUCCACCUGUGCCGCGGCAACCACCGCUCCCGCUGGUUCGCGCAGGGCGGCUACGAGCCCGUCGCCGAGGUCCUCUUCAAAGAACUCAAUGUCGACGCCUAUUUCCUCGAGUUCGACGAUGCGCGCUCCGGGGAUUUCUCGCCCCUGCGCCACCUGCCGCCCAACAAGGUCGUGGUGCUGGGCGUCAUGGGCUCCAAGAAGCCCGAGUUGGACGACAAGGCGGAGAUCGUGGGGAGGCUGCACGAGGCGGCGGGGUUUUGUGGGAAAGGGAUUGAUCAGCUGUGUUUGAGCCAUCAGUGCGGGUUUAGCAGUACCAUGGAGGGCAACGAUCUCAGCGAGGAGCAGCAGUUCGCCAAGAUCAGGCUGGAGGUCGAGAUCGCGAAGGAGGUUUGGGGUCAGGAUCUUUCCAAGUGA